AUGCAUUCAUGUUACACUCCCAGUUACGCCCACACCUACAUCCCCUUCAAACUAAACCGCUUCUCUCCCCGAACCGCACCGGUUCGAGCAGCAGCGGUUACUUCCACAGUGAAGCGAACCAGAAAGAAGAAACAACCCGAAGAUGACGACACUUCCCUUGAAACCAGUCUCCGGUUCAGUUUCAUGGAGGAGCUCAUGAACCAUGCCAGGAACCGUAACUCAACCGGAGUUUCUCAAGUCAUGUACGACAUGAUUGCCGCCGGUUUGAGUCCAGGCCCUAGGUCGUUUCACGGUUUGGUAGUUUCCUACGCCCUUAACGGCGAUGAACAAGCCGCGAUGGAUUCUCUGAGGAGAGAAUUAGGUGCGGGGCUUCGACCUAUUCAUGAAACUUUCAUUGCGUUGGUAAGAUGGUUUGGGUCUAAAGGUCAAGCCACUAGAGAUGCUAAUAGAGUGUUCUUGAAGGGUGCUAAGGGUGGCCUUAGGGCUACUGAUGAAGUAUAUGAUCUUCUAAUUGUGGAAGACUGUAAAGUGGGAGACCAUUCUAAUGCUUUGGAAGUUUCAUAUGAGAUGGAAGCUGCUGGACGAAUGGCAACAACGUUUCAUUUUAAUUGCCUCCUUUCUGUGCAGGCUACCUGCGGAAUACCUGAAAUAGCCUUUACAACAUUUGAGAACAUGGAAUAUGGAGAAGAUUAUAUGAAGCCGGAUACAGAAACAUACAAUUGGGUCAUUCAAGCGUAUACUAGAGCUGAUUCGUAUGACAGAGUACAAGAUGUCGCUGAGUUACUUGGCAUGAUGGUCGAAGAUCAUAAGCGCAUACAGCCAAAUGUGAAAACCCAUGCGCUGUUAGUGGAGUGUUUUACCAAGUACUGUGUAGUACGAGAAGCUAUGGCCGCACUUGGAGCUGCCUUUGGUUCAACACAUAUCUUUUUCCAUCAAGGCAAGGGUCAACUCACCAUUAAAUGUCACCUGCUACCUUUAUCCGCUAUGACAGUCUGCUAA